AUGUCAACAAUUGCCACACGAAUAACAGAGGAAGAACAGAAGAUCAACCACAUAAAUGAAGAGAUAAGACAAUUGGGACAGAAAGUAACCAAGUCUUACCUUGAACCAAUACUAGCCAAACAGCAACAAUUUCAAAUCAACAAGCUGGGACAACUCCACCAGCAACCACAAUUACACAAUAAUGGCUCCGAUGCAGGCCCCAAAGACUUACAUCAUCUAUCAAUAACUCAACUAAAUACCGAAUCCGAACUUAUCCAUGAGCAAAUUCAAGAAUUGGAGAAAUUGAAUCAAAUCAAGACCAAUUUAGAGGAAAUUGAACAAUUAUUGUCGAAUUUGCAACUAUCAAUCAACUCAUUACUUGAUUUACAGCAUCUCUAUCAGUUGUUUAAACAGAUUCAGGAUUUCCCAACUGCCAAUUAUAUGAUUUACAAACAAAUUGUAAGAAAAGUUGCUGCAUUACAUUUACAAUUUGUUGACAAAUUGAAUGAAUAUUUGACGUUGAUUUUGCCGAACGAAUUUACUAUCCUUCACGCUUCAGCGAUUGGAGAUUUUAAUCAGUUUGUAAUCAAGAAUGGAUGUAAUUUGAGCGUCUAUGCAAACUACAGAACUAAAUGGGAUGAAAUGAUUGAUGCAAUUUUCAAUAAUCAACAAGAAGUUGACAUUGUUAAGGAGGACGAUGUUGACAGUGAGGAGAUGGAAAUCAAGUUGACUAAAGGAACUGAUUUCAUUACAUCAUUGAUCAAUUUCGUGAAGUUCAUAAACAAGGUUAAUCACCCACCAAUAAAGAAUUACUUGAAUUCCAAAAUAUCCAAGUUGGUCGCUGGCCGAUUGUUUCACAAUGUUGAAGCAAUUGUGCAUGAUAAGCAACGCAUUACACAGUUGAAUGAAUUGAUAAAUCUUUGUGAAGAGACAAGUUGGAACUUUAUGAACAAGAUUGAGGGAGGUGGAACUAUGGAGGAACGAUUGAAUAAGUUGCAUUUGGAGUGGGUGAUUGAUGACUAUGUUGGAAAGAUUAGGCGUAUUUUGGCUACUGCAUCAUUUGGCGAGUUGAAGUAUGCCGAGGAAGCUAUAGUGGACAAGAAAUCAGAAGAGGAACCCGAGGAGAAGAUUGUUGCCAAUGAGGAUACUGAUUGGGACGAGAGUUGGGAUGAUAAAUGGGAUGAAGAGGGAGAGGAAGAAGAGGAACAGACACAAGCAAAGGAAGCUCAUGAGUCAAAGCAACCAGAUGAUUACAAUAAACAGAAUAAUGUUAAGAUAUCGCCAGUGCCUUGA